CGGUGACGUAUGAGUAGACUAGACUCUUUACUGUAUUCGUUGGGUCAGCACUGCAGAGAUUAGCUUGCUACACAGACAGGGAUUCCUAAACCCGAAUCAUGCACAUCGUCAUUACAACUAAAUGGGAGUGGAGCAGAAAUUGUGCAAGAUAUGGAUAGAUUCCGUUGGUCCUAUAAAUAUUGCGCGGUCGUUGCUUCGAUUCAAGUUUCCACAAAGUCCCCCAUUCCAUUAUAAUGCUUCUCGAGGACUCGGCUCUUUGGAACCAUUGUGGUGUGCUGAUUUCCUCACGUGUGUUUUCUGUUAAAAGUGGCGAGGCUGGGAAAAACACUGGAACAUUUGCAAACAAGAGGUAUUAGCGCGGGUACAUUUGUUUCGUUUUUUUUUUUUUUUUUGACUUGCUGUGAUUUCUGAAGUCGAGGAGGAAGGUGUAACGUUAGGUAGUUGUAGUUGUGAUCCAGCAACAAAAAAAACAAAAACAAGCUGAAACAUGGGGAACGCAGGGAGUAUGGACCAGCAAACUGAUUUCAGGGGACAUAACAUGCCUCUGAAGCUACCCAUGCCGGAGCCAGGCGAAUUGGAGGAGAGAUUCGCAAUCGUUUUGAACUCUAUGAACCUUCCUCCAGACAAAGCGCGACUAUUGCGGCAGUACGACAACGAGAAGAAGUGGGAACUUAUCUGUGAUCAGGAACGAUUCCAAGUGAAGAACCCCCCCCAUACAUACAUCCAGAAGCUGAGGGGCUUUCUGGACCCGGCCGCCACCAGGAAGAAAUUCAGACGGAGGGUGCAGGAGUCCACCCAGGUCCUGAGAGAACUGGAAAUUUCAUUAAGGACCAAUCACAUAGGGUGGGUGAGAGAGUUCUUAAACGAAGAAAACAAAGGCCUGGACGUACUGGUGGAGUAUCUGUCUUUUGCGCAGUACGCUGUCACGUUUGAUGGCGACAGCGUGGAGAACAACCCGGAGAAGUCGGUGGACAAGCCCUGGAGCAGAUCCAUAGAGGACCUGCAUGGGGGGAGUAACCUCCCGUCCCCCGUCAGCGGGAACAGCAUUACCCGCGCCGGGCGACACGCCACGCUACGUUGCAACGCGUUGCCGAGCCGGAGAACUCUGAAGAACUCCCGGCUGGUCUGUAAGAAGGACGACGUUCACGUCUGCAUCAUGUGCCUGCGAGCCAUCAUGAACUACCAGUACGGCUUCAACAUGGUGAUGUCCCACCCGCACGCUGUGAAUGAAAUUGCACUAAGUCUGAACAAUAAGAAUCCCAGAACCAAAGCUCUGGUGUUGGAGCUGCUGGCCGCCGUGUGUCUCGUGAGGGGGGGACACGAAAUCAUUCUCUCUGCGUUCGACAACUUCAAGGAGGUGUGUGCUGAGACGCAGCGGUUCGAGAGGCUGAUGGAACACUUCAAGGACAUGGACAACAACAUCGACUUUAUGGUGGCGUGUAUGCAGUUCAUCAACAUCGUGGUCCACUCGGUAGAGGACAUGAACUUCCGGGUUCACCUGCAGUACGACUUCACCAAGCUCUGUCUGGACACCUACCUGGAUAAGCUGAAGCACACGGAGAGUGACAAGCUGUCGGUGCAGAUCCAGGCCUACCUGGACAACGUGUUUGACGUGGGCGCCCUUCUGGAGGACGCCGAGACCAAGAACGCCGCGCUGGAGCGCGUGGAGGAGCUGGAGGAGAACAUGUCACAUAUGACGGAGAAGCUGCAGGACACGGAGAACGAGGCCAUGUCCAAGAUCGUGGAGCUGGAGAAACAGCUGAUGACGCGCAACAAGGAGCUCGACUCGAUCCGGGAGGUGUACAAGGACGCCAACUCGCAGGUGCACACGCUGCGGCGGAUGGUGAAGGAGAAGGACGAGGCCAUCCAGAGGCAGUGCAACCUGGAGAAGAAGAUCCACGAGCUGGAGAAGCAGGGUACCAUGACGAUCCAGAAGAAGGGCGACGGGGACAUCUCCAACCUGCCUUCGCCGCCCGCCCCCGGGGGCCCGCUGGUGGCUGGCGUGCUAGGGGUCUAUAACGGGGGCACGGUCAGCCCGAUGGGGUCGAAUGGGAUCCCGGGGAUGCCCGCGCCGCCCCCUCCUCCUCCCCCACCGCUUGUGCCUGGGACGGUGCCAAAUGGGCCUUUGGCUGGUCCUGCCGCUCUUCCCCCUCCCCCACCGCCCCCUCCUCCCCCGCCUCCCCCUGGCCCCAUGGAGGUGUCUGCUCCCCUGCCCCCGCCACCACCCCCCAUGGCCCCCCCGCUCCCGGGCUGUGGAUCCCCCACCGUCAUCUUCAACUCAGGGUUAGCAGCCGUGAAGAUUAAAAAGCCCAUCAAGACCAAGUUCCGUUUGCCCGUGUUCAACUGGGUGGCGCUGAAGCCCAACCAAAUCAACGGCACUGUGUUCAACGAGAUCGACGACGAGAGGAUACUGGAGGACCUGAACGUGGAUGAGUUUGAGGAGAUGUUCAAGACGAAAGCCCAGGGCCCGGCCAUCGAUUUGAUCAUGAGCAAGGCCAAGGUCAUCCAGAAGGGGCCCAACAAGGUGGCACUGCUGGACGCCAACCGGGCCAAGAACAUGGCCAUCACCCUGAGGAAAGUGGGAAAGGCCCCUGAGGAGAUCUGCAAGGCCAUCCAGCUGUUUGACCUACGCACCCUGUCGGUGGACUACGUGGAGUGUCUGAUGCGCUUCCUGCCCACGGAGAGCGAGGUGAAGAUCAUGCGUCAGUACGAGAAGGAGAGGAAGCCCGUGGAGGCGCUGACGGACGAGGACCGCUUCAUGAUGCACUUCAGCAAGAUCGAGCGGCUCAUGCAGAAGAUGACCAUCAUGGCCUUCAUUGGCAACUUCUGCGAGAGCGUGCAGAUGCUGACGCCGCAACUCCAUGCGGUCAUCGCAGCAUCUGUGUCAAUAAAGUCCUCGCAGAAACUCAAGAAAAUUCUCGAGAUCAUCUUGGCGCUCGGAAACUACAUGAACAGCAGCAAACGGGGAGCAGUAUACGGUUUCAAGCUACAGAGUUUAGAUUUGCUACUGGACACCAAGUCGACAGACCGGAAAAUGACUCUGCUGCACUACAUAGCCAAUGUGGUGAAGGAGAAGUACCAGCAGGUCAAUCUGUUCUACAACGAACUGCAUUACGUGGAGAAGGCCGCAGCAGUUUCGUUAGAGAACGUUCUGCUGGAUGUGAAGGAGCUCCAGCGGGGAAUGGACCUGACCAAGAGAGAGUACAGCAUGCACGGUCACAACACCAUGCUCAAAGACUUCAUCACACACAACGAGGGCAAGCUGAAAAAGCUGCAGGACGAAGCCAAGAUCGCGCUGGACGCCUUCGACGAGGCCGUCAAAUUCUUCGGCGAGAAUUCCAAAACGACGCCCCCGUCCGUGUUCUUCCCGGUGUUUGUGCGCUUCGUCAAGGCCUACAGGCAAGCGGAGGAGGACAACGAGCAAAGGAAGAGAGCAGAGCUGAUGAUGAUGGAGAAGCUUCUGGAGCAGGAGGCCAUGCUGGACCAGGAGGACCAGAAGUCUCCAUCCCAUAAGAACACCCGGGGCAGGAGUCAGCAGCAGGAGGUGAUAGCUGAGCUGAGGAAGAAGCAGGUGAAGGAUACGGGCAGCCGCCACGUCUACGAGGGAAAGGACGGAGCAAUCGAGGACAUUAUCACGGCCCUAAAGAAGAAUAAUAUUACUAAAUUUCCCAAUGUCCAUUCGAGGAUCUUCGAAAUCAGCCAUACAGGAGAGCCGACGCGGUGAGGAGGAGCGUCAGAAGGCGCUUUGACGACCAAAACUUGCGGCCGGUCAACAACACUGAAGUUGUCAUGUGACGAGGGAACAGUGCAUGUGCUCGGAGAGGGGUGAAGGGGGGUGAUGUGGAUGUAACAGCCUCUCACUCUGGACUGAAAGAGAAAUGGAUAGACUGAAAGAGAUGUCUAGACUGAAAGAGAAAUAGAAGGACUGCCGGAAAGAAAGAUGGAUGGGUCUGAAAGGUCGGUCAUAGGGAACCUUAGACAAGCCAAGUGCCUGAAACGUACAUUUUAUGUGAUCAGAUUUAUUUUUUCAUUACUUCAAGCAAUGCAACUUGACCUGGCUUUAACUGCAAUUUCCUUUGAUGUGUAAAACUGGACUCGAACCUCCGUAGGGGGAAUUCCUGGAAGAGAUUUUUCCCGAAAGAAGUGUAGAAUGUACAUGUGACACGGUUCCCUUUAUGCCUCGGUCACACCUCCCAGCGUUAUUGCGUUUUGGUACACCAGAAGCACAUGCAUUUCCAAUGGAGGCGCUGCGUUUGCCUUUGCCGCGUGGCAUUGGCAGUUGCAGUGCGCUCGAGUGUCGGUGUGUACGUCGGACAAACCAAACGUACGCAUCACAUUCUAUGUGUAGACGGCUUGGCAGAAACGGUAGCAGAAAGGUGAAUGUGGAACUUCUGUUGCGCACAUAUCCAGAUGAGGCCGCGUACCAUUUUGCGCAUGACACUGCAGGUGUGUUCGAGGCGUUAGGCGUCAAAGUAUUCCGCCACAGGUGAUGAAUAUGAUAUUCAAUAGCAAGUAUCUUAUUACAUUCCUGGUGCUACUGCCAUUGCUCUUGGAAUUCCAACAAUGUGCUCGAGUGGCACUUUAAAAUACGCAUUAGCUUUUCCAUCGUUGCUAAAGGGCUAAUGACCUUAUUAAAGGGGACAAGUCUUAGAUGAAAUACUAUGAAGCAGUGAUCCAAAACUAAUAUGUUCAAUGAAAGUACUUAAGCAAGUAUCAGGUAGACUUCUGUACACCAACGUGUGACCACAGUUAGAGAAAUCGUAUCGGAAAUAAUAUAACUCAGAGAGGUGUGGCUCUCUUGAAAUGAGACCAGGCUAAUGUGAAUUGUGUAUAGCUAGGCCUCUAUAUUACGGUAUUAACAUCUCAUUCAUCUGUGUUAACAUGGUUAGUGGACCAAGUCGUGAAUUAUUAGAGAGAACUACAGUACCAGUCAAAGGUUUGGACACACCUACUCAAUCAAGAGUUUUUCUGUAUUUAUUGACUAUUUUCUACAUUGUAGAAUAAUAGUGAAGGUAUCAAAACUAUGAAAUAAUACAUAUGGAAUCAUGUAGUAUCCCAAAAAAGUGUUAAAACAGAUGAAAAUAUAUUCUUCAAAGUAGACACCCUUUGCCUUGAUGACAGCUUUGCACACUCUUGGCAUUCUCUUCAGCUUCACCUGGAAUGCUUUUCCAACAGUCUGGAAGGAGUUCGUACAUAUGCUGAGCACUUGUUGGCUGCUUUUCCUUCACUCUGCGGUCCAACUCAUCCCAAACCAUCUCAAUUGGGUUGAGGUCGGGUGAUUGUGGAGGCCAGGUCAUCUGAUGCAGCACUCCAUCACUUUCCUUGGUCAAAUAGCCCUUACACAGCCUGGAGGUGUGUUUUGGGUCAUUGUCCUGUUGAAAACCAAUUGAUAGUCCCACUAAGCGCAAACGAGAUGGGAAUGGUGAAUCGCUGCAGAACGCUAUGGAAGCCAUGCUGGUUAAGUGUGCCUUGAAUUCUAAAUAAAUCACAGACAGUGUCACCAGCAAAGCAUCCCCAAACCUUCACACCUCCUCCAUGCUUCACGGUGGGAACCACACAUGCUGAGAUCAUCCGUUCACUUACUCUGCAUCUCACAAAGACACGGCGGUUGGAACCAAAAUUCCAAAAUGUUAACUUAUCAGUCCAAAGGAUAGAUUUCCACCGGUCUAGUGUCCUUUGCUUGUGUUUCUUGGCCCAAGCAAGUCUCCUUCUGAAGCAAUUUGACCAUGGAGACCUGAUUCACACAGUCUCCUCUGAACAGUUGAUGUUGAGAUGUGUGUGUUACUUGAACUCCGUGAAGCAUUUAUUUGGGCUGCAAUUUUUGAGGCUGGUAACUCCAAUGAACUUAUUCUCUGCAGCAGAGGUAACUAUGGUUCUUCCUUUCCUGUGGCGGUCCUCAUGAGAUCCAGUUUCAUCAUAGCACCUUCCUGUCUUAAAGUAAUGGUGGACUGUUGUUUUUCUUUGCUUAUUUUAACUGUUCUUGCCAUAAUAUGGACUUGGUCUUUUACCAAAAAAAUCUUCUGUAUACCUACCUUGUCACAGCACAGCUGAUUGGCUGAAACACAUUAAGAUGGAAAGAAAUUCAACAAAUUAACAAGGUACACCUGUUAAUUGAAAUGCAUUCCAGGUGACUACCUCAAGGAAGCUGGUUGAGAGAAUGCCAAGUGUGCAAAGCUGUCGUCAAGGCAAAGGGUGGCUACUUUGAAGAAUCUCAAAUAUAAAAUAUAUUUUGUAUUUAUUUAACACUUUUUUGGUUACAACAUGAUUCUGUGUUAUUUCAUAGUUUUAAUGUCUUCACUAUUAUUCCACAAUGUAGAAAAUAGUAAAACUAAAGAAAGAAAAUCCUUGAAUAAGUAGUGGUAUCCAAACUUUUGACUGGUACUGUACAUUGUCUGCUCAUGUAGACCUCAAGUGCCAUUCAAAUGCAAUGCUGUUAAGUGGAUGGUGGGGCUCUUGAGCCACAAUAGCUCUGGUUCAGGGAGUCGUUCGGUCGAACGGCUGCACGACUCCCCGGACCAGAGCUCAAGCCACAAUUGACUCAGAGCGAAUAGGAAAGGUGCUAAAACAAAGACUUAUCAGCAGAUACACUUCCAGUCAAGUGUAGUGGCUACAAGGAAGGUACUUUAGGCUACUUGAGGAGCUUGUCAUGGAAACUUGAUUCCAAGUUUCUUUUUUUACUCUGAAAACCUGCAAUCGGCUAAUGAAUCUCUAGGCAACUGUCCACUCAUUAUUAUUGUACAUUUAAUGUAUAGUAUUUAACCACUGUAAACGGUAUCCAUUCAGUUUUGCUCAUGUGACCCACUUUGACGUGAGCAACAGUCUUUUUUAAAAAUGUUUAGCUAGUUAUAUUUAAAAAAAUGUCAGAAUAAACAAAAAGUACACAACAAAAAAAAGUUUUGUAAAUGUACAGAUAUUUUGCUACAAAAAUUGUUGCAUUGUUUUUUUACUUCUUAAUCCACUCAUUACUAUAAGGUAACUAUUGUACAUAUUGUUUAAAACAAAAUGUGCAUCACCCUGUGAUACACAAUUUGAAUGUUAUUUUAACUUAUAGGUUUGUCCAUUUUGUAUAUUUAAUUAAGCCGGGGAAAAAACAAAUCUGGGUUCACUUUAACACAACGGAUCUAUUGUGUGAAGCAGAAUGCCCUAGUGUCACACUUGCCUGAGUAAAGAGGCAUUAUAUUAAUGUAUGUUCCAAAUGGCACUCUAUUCCCUAUCUAGGUUACUAUUUUUGACCCCAUGGGCCUUGGUAAAAAAAAAUAUCAAAAGUAGUGCCCUAUAUAGGGAGUCAUUUGGGCCAUAACCCUUUGACGUUCAGAGAAGCUUUCUGUGGUCUUGGGACCAUAAUUGUCCACGUUAGCAUGUGCAACAAACCACUCAUCUCUAUACUUCCUAUGUGAACUGUUGACCACUCAUCAGUUUCACUCAUUAGACUGGAUAAUAGUGGCAUGUUUUUGUUUUUUCUUCAGAAAUGUAUUUUAGGCAUUGUGUGCUUAUUACAAAAUACUUUUAAAUAACAUUUAGUUAAAGAUAGACCGAGUUCUGGACAUGAUCAAAUAAACUAUUUACACUA